UAAUGCAUAGAAUACAACCUUUCUUUUACCCCAAGUCUUUAUAGAAAAAUCCCUCGGAUGACCCUCUCAUUGCAACGAGUCAAGUCAAUCUCCACACACACACACACACACACACCAAUCUCUGUCCGUUUGUGUAUGUAUAUGUAAUCCACCCAAUUUGCAGUAGUAGGAGAAGAAGAAGAAGAAGAAGAAGAAGAAUGGCUGUGGGAGGAAUAACAGAUGAAGUGCAGAUUAUUAAGCCGCGCAAUGAUAAACGGGAGUAUCGGAGGAUUGUUCUGCAGAACAAUCUCCAAGUUCUCCUCAUCAGAGAUUCCGAAACUGAUAAGUGCGCUGCUUCAAUGGAUGUUCGUGUGGGUUCUUUCAGUGACCCCGAAGGACUUGAAGGCCUCGCCCACUUUCUUGAACAUAUGCUUUUUUAUGCAAGUGAAAAGUAUCCAUUGGAGGACAGUUACUCAAAAUACAUCAGUGAGCAUGGAGGCAGUACAAAUGCUUUCACUUCAUCUGAACACACUAACUACUAUUUUGAUGUUAACCCUGACUGCUUUGAAGAAGCCUUGGACAGAUUCGCUCAGUUUUUCAUCAAACCGCUGAUGUCAGCCGAUGCUACCACGAGGGAGAUAAAAGCUGUUGAUUCUGAGAAUCAGAAGAAUUUACUCUCUGAUGUUUGGAGAAUGAACCAGCUUCAGAAACAUUUAAGUGUGAAAGAUCAUCCAUACCACAAGUUCAGCACAGGGAAUUGGGACACCCUGGAGGUCCGCCCAAAAGAAAGAGGGAUGGAUACUCGAGAGGAGCUUCUGCGGUUUUAUAAUGAAAAUUAUUCAGCCAAUCUCAUGCAUCUUGUAAUAUAUACUAAAGAUGGCCUUGACAAAUCUGAAAUCUUGGUGCGGAGCAAAUUCCAGGAUAUCCUAAAUACAGAUCGAAGUUGCAUCAGUUUUACUGGUCAACCUUGUGAUUCAGAAAGUCUUCAGAUCCUUGUGAAAGCUGUCCCAAUUAAACAAGGUCACAAGUUGAGAUUUGUAUGGCCAAUUACUCCUGGAAUUCGUCAUUACAAGGAAGGGCCGAGCAGGUAUCUGGGUCAUUUGAUUGGCCAUGAAGGAGAAGGAUCUUUGUUUUACAUCUUGAAAAAGUUGGGUUGGGCUACAAGCUUAUCUGCCGGUGAAUCAGAUUGGACUUAUGAAUUUUCUUUUUUUAAAGUAGUUAUUGAUCUGACAGAUGCUGGUCAUGAGCACUUUGAGGAUAUUGUGGCACUAUUAUUCAAAUAUAUUCACCUUUUGCAACAAUCUGGUCCCUGCCAAUGGAUAUUUGAUGAGCUUGCAGCCAUUUGUGAGACUUCCUUCCAUUACCAGGACAAGAUUCGUCCGAUUGAUUAUGUGGUUAAUGUUGCAUUUAAUAUGCAGUUUUAUGCUCCAAAAGAUUGGCUGGUGGGAUCAUCUUUGCCUUCAAAGUUUAAUCCUGAAAAAAUUCAGUCAGCACUGAAAGAGCUCAGCCCAUAUAAUGUGAGAAUAUUUUGGGAGUCUACAAAGUUUGAAGGGCUUACUGAUUCAACAGAGCCUUGGUAUGGAACGGCAUAUUCUGUUGAGAGAUUACCUGGCUCUACAAUUGAGGAAUGGAUUAAAAAAGCUCCUAAAGAAGAUCUGCGUCUACCUGGCGCUAAUGUGUUUAUUCCUACAGACCUAUCUCUUAAGACUGUUUCUGGGCAAAUAAAUUUACCUGUUUUAUUGAGGAAAACGCCAUACUCAAGAUUAUGGUUCAAGCCAGACACAGCAUUUUCAACUCCUAAGGCAUAUGUUAAGAUAGAUUUCAACUGUCCUGUUUCUGGAAAUUCCCCUGAAUCAGAAGUCCUCACUGAAAUAUUUACACGCUUGUUGAUGGACUACUUAAAUGAAUAUGCAUACGAUGCACAGGUUGCUGGUCUGUAUUAUGGAGUUACCAACACUGACUAUGGGUUUCAGGUCACUGUGGUUGGAUAUAAUCACAAACUGAAGAUCUUACUGGAGACUGUAGUACAUCAAAUUGCUAAUUUCGAAGUAAAACCUGACAGGUUUGCUGUUAUUAAGGAAUUGAUCACAAAAGAAUAUCAGAAUAUGAAGUUCCAACAGCCAUAUCAGCAGGCUAUGUACUACUGUUCAUUAAUACUACAAGACCAAACAUGGCCCUGGACUGAUGAACUUGAAGUUCUUCCUCAUCUUGAAGCGGAGAAUCUUGUUAAAUUUUAUCCUCUAAUGCUAUCAAGGACCUUCUUGGAAUGCUAUGCAGCAGGAAAUAUUGAGCCAAAUGAAGCAGAAUCAAUGAUCCAGCAAAUUGAAGAUAUCUUCUUCAGGGGUUCUAAUCCCUUGUCUCAGGCUUUGUUUGCGUCUCAAUACAUGACUAAUAGAAUUAUUAAGCUUGAGAGGGGAAUAAAUUACUUCUACAGUGCACAGGGCCUAAAUCCUAGUGAUGAAAAUUCUGCCCUUAUUCAUUACAUUCAGGUGCACCAGGAUGAUUUCAGGUUGAAUGUUAUACUUCAACUUUUUGCUUUGAUAGCUAAACAACCUGCUUUCCAUCAGCUUAGAUCAGUUGAGCAACUUGGUUAUAUUACUGUACUUUUGCAGAGGAAUGACUCUGGUGUCCGUGGUGUACAAUUCAUCAUUCAAUCGAAUGUCAAGGGUCCUGGGCAAAUUGAACUGAGAGUUGAAUCAUUUCUCAAGAUGUUUGAAACUAAACUCUCUGAAAUGCCGAGUGACGAAUUUAAGAGCAACGUUAAUGCACUUAUUGAAAUGAAGCUUGAGAAGCACAAAAAUUUACGGGAAGAAUCUGUAUUUUACUGGCGAGAAAUAUCUGACGGAACUCUCAAGUUUGACCGCAGAGAACGCGAGGUUGAAGAGCUGAAGCGAGUAUCUCAAAAAGAACUGAUAGACUUCUUCAACGAGUACAUUAAAGUUGGUGCUCUCCAGAAAAAGAGUUUGAGUGUACGGGUAUAUGGAAACUUACAUUCUUCAGAGCAGCAGGUAGACAAUUCCCAACCUGUUGAAUCUAGUAACGUCCAGAUAGAAGAUAUCUUCAGUUUCAGAAGAUCUCGACCUCUUUAUGGUUCAUUUAGAGGAGGUUAUGGCCACUUGAAGUUGUAAGAUAUAAAAAGCGCUCAUCAGGGUCAGAAAUAGAACCCUCCUAGGAGUGGUUUUUCUGUAAGAUAGGACAACCCAAUAAAGUUUAGCACUGAACAGAUGGAGGGUUGCCAUCAAUUUGGUUGUGAGUUUGCAAUGUGGAAAUCGAUAAACAUGCAUAUGACUAAAGAGUUCUUGUAGUGUGGUUUACAAUAUUCAUUUUUAGAAAAUUUUUCAGAAUCAGGAUCAGAAGUUCCGAAUA